AUGGAACAAAGAGAAGCUUCCUCGUCAAGUGGUACUUCUACAGCUAGCUGCACAUCUUCUUGCUGCACAUCUUCUUGCUGCACAUCUUCUUGCUGCACAUCUUCUUCCUGCACAUCUUCUUCAGAUAGAGAAAAUGAAACUCAAACAGAGUAUGCCUCAGGAGAAGCCCGUGUGAAUGAAAUUGGUGCCGUAUCAGACAUUUUCCGACGAAUUUUGAAGAGACGACUUGACGUCGUCUUCAAGGGUCACUACGCGCCAGAGGACAGCAUCAUCGAAGAGAGACCUUUGACAAUUAAGGAUAACCAGUCCCUAUCGUUAUCACUAUAAGGUGUGCGUGGGAUACUUUGUUUCCCGAGUGGAAUCCCCCUAAAACUAAUUAUCCGAGGGGGAAAGGACUACUCAAGGAAGAGGAACGACCACUCAAACACGAAUAGUGAUUGCCUAGACCUUUAAGGCAAGACUGACUGGCGCUUCGCUUGACCCUGAUCGAGUGACGCUGACGCAACAAUCAGCAGUAUAUCUCAAAUUCGACGUGUCCGUGCAUUAUGAAUUUUGGGAUGCAAGAAUCCCCUCUCUAAACGCCUUUUAUGUCCCCCUUUCUGUAAGCCCUAAACCCUAAGCGGCCCUACGAAAGUAGCUCAAAAAUUUUAUCCUUCGGGUUUUAGAUGAAUAUGAAUACACUGAGCAUUGGUUCCAUAUUCUGACAAGUCAUUGACUUUUCUUCUUUCGGUUUUUGUUUUCACUGUCUCUAGACAUGACCCCCUCUCUAAACGCCAAUCGAGUUGAGCCAUCAACUGCUAAACUAGUGAUCCCCUCCCCUCUCUAAACGCCAAUCGAGCUGAGCCAUCAACUGCGAAAGGCAUUAAAUGCAGACGAGCACUUCAGACGGGAUUUUGCCAGUGUCUUUCGGGAAAGCUAUCUUGAAAUGCUUCAAAAAGUCGAUUUUAGACCUUGGAACAGUUGUAGAACAAUGGGUAACUGCAACAGCACUAAGCGAUCUUCUUGUUGUCGGAUAGCUAAUACCAAGCGGCUGCAUGGUCAAUGCCAACAAGCUUGUUCGAAGCAUUGAGUGCUGAUUGAGUAGUUUUAGUGCUGCAUAGUCUCAAGGAGCUUGUUCGCAGCUGCACUGACUACUUUUCCGCUUCUAGCAGUAGUAGUGUGUAAAAAAUGCACAAUCGAGGACGCUAUUCCUGGAAACGCAAUGAGUUUUCUAUGAUAAAGUUAAGAUAAAGUUUUUAACACAAACGUCUCCUUACUCAUAAUAUCGCGAUAUCUACCUGUUCCUCCAUGAGACUGAAAAAACUCCAUGCAUACGCUCAUCUUACAUAAAAUUGGUGACUAUUUUCCUCGCGCAGCUGAGUCCAAGAACUCUCACCAAGAAGAUGCAUUCACCAUUUCACGACCUCUGCUGAAAUAAUGGUGAAUUUUUCUAGAAGAUCUAAUUCCACUUCUAGUGAUAGAAGAUCUAAUGCCCAUCCACAAAUCAUCUGUGUGUACAUUUAUAGCACAAACUCACAUGCUUGUGGUUCUCGCAGGGCUAAGAAAAGACGGUAUAGUAGACAAGUAUUCCUGGACAUACAACGGUGACCUAAUAAUGGCAUCGCUUGUGGUUGUAGUCGAGCAAUUUGUGAUAAUUCCUCCA